CCCUUAAAUUGGAACCCGCUUUUUGAAAACCAGAGCUGCAGAGUAAUUUUCAUAGGCCGUUCGGUUCAUGGCUUUCGGUUCGGGCGUUUUCAUAGGACGAAUAUAGAAGCGAAAAGUCCCCGCUCGCGCCCCCUCAGCCUACCCACGUGGCUGGAGACUUCCAGAAAAAAAGCUGCUGCAGGCGCUGCGCGCGACCCUUCUGCUCCUGCCUGUCUGCUUCUGCGGCCCCGUUCCGGCCUUCGCCACCAUGUUGUGCGCCGCUCGCCUGCUGCUUCCGCGCCGUGGAGGGAGCGUCCUCGGGCCUGCCCAGGUUACCUGGAAUGGAGUAAGUCAAAGUAUUCUUAGAGCUGUAGCAAGCAGGAAAUAUGCCUCAGAAGCAAUCAAAGGUGCUGUCAUUGGUAUUGAUCUUGGCACAACCAAUUCUUGUGUGGCAGUUAUGGAAGGAAAGCAGGCAAAGGUGCUGGAAAACUCAGAAGGUGCCAGAACUACCCCUUCUGUUAUAGCAUUUACAAAUGAUGGCGAGCGAUUGGUUGGCAUGCCUGCUAAACGACAGGCUGUGACAAAUCCCCAUAAUACCUUAUACGCAACCAAGCGGCUAAUUGGGCGACGAUACGAUGAUUCAGAAGUACAGAAAGAUAUCAAGAACGUUCCUUUUAAAAUUGUCCGUGCUUCUAAUGGCGAUGCCUGGGUCGAAUCUCAUGGAAAGCUUUAUUCCCCAAGCCAGAUUGGUGCCUUCAUAUUAAUGAAGAUGAAAGAGACUGCAGAAAAUUACCUGGGGCAUCAAGCAAAAAAUGCUGUGAUCACAGUCCCUGCUUAUUUCAAUGAUUCUCAGAGGCAGGCUACCAAAGACGCUGGGCAGAUUGCUGGACUGAAUGUUUUAAGAGUAAUAAAUGAGCCCACAGCUGCUGCACUGGCCUAUGGCUUAGACAAAGCUGAAGACAAAGUUAUUGCAGUUUAUGACUUGGGGGGUGGUACUUUCGAUAUUUCUAUCUUGGAAAUUCAGAAGGGAGUCUUUGAAGUUAAAUCUACCAAUGGUGACACUUUCUUGGGUGGUGAAGAUUUUGACCAGGCCUUGUUGCAGCAUAUUGUAAAAGAAUUCAAGAGAGAGACAGGUGUUGAUUUAACUAAAGAUAACAUGGCUCUACAGAGAGUGAGAGAAGCCUCAGAAAAAGCAAAGUGUGAACUCUCUUCUUCAGUCCAGACAGACAUUAACUUGCCAUAUCUUACAAUGGAUGCUUCUGGGCCAAAGCAUUUGAAUAUGAAGCUGAGUCGCUCUCAAUUUGAAGGAAUUGUGGCUGAUCUGAUUAGGAGGACAGUAGCCCCUUGCCAAAAAGCCAUGCAGGAUGCUGAAGUCAGCAAGAGUGACAUUGGAGAAGUUAUCUUAGUUGGUGGCAUGACCAGAAUGCCAAAGGUGCAGCAAACUGUACAGGACAUGUUUGGCCGUGCCCCUAGCAAAGCAGUUAACCCUGAUGAAGCUGUUGCUAUUGGCGCUGCCAUCCAAGGAGGCGUGCUGGCUGGUGAUGUGACAGAUGUGUUGCUGCUGGAUGUGACUCCUCUUUCCUUGGGAAUUGAGACACUGGGAGGAGUGUUCACUAAGCUCAUCAACAGGAAUACUACUAUUCCAACCAAGAAGAGCCAGGUAUUUUCUACAGCUGCUGAUGGGCAGACCCAAGUGGAGAUUAAGGUCCAUCAGGGUGAAAGAGAAAUGGCUGGUGACAACAAACUACUUGGCCAGUUUACUUUGGUUGGGAUUCCACCAGCUCCACGUGGAGUACCCCAGAUAGAGGUCACUUUUGACAUUGAUGCUAAUGGAAUUGUUCAUGUUUCUGCAAAAGACAAGGGCACAGGACGGGAACAACAAAUUGUGAUCCAGUCUUCUGGUGGCCUUAGCAAAGAUGACAUUGAGAAUAUGGUGAAAAAUGCAGAGAAGUAUGCAGAAGAAGACAGACGAAGAAAGGAACGUGUUGAAGCUGUAAAUAUGGCAGAAGGAAUCAUCCAUGAUACAGAAACAAAGAUGGAGGAAUUCAAAGAUCAGCUGCCUGCUGAUGAGUGCAACAAAUUGAAAGAAGAAAUUGCAAAAAUGCGAGAGCUGCUGGCUCGUAAAGAUAGCGAAACAGGCGAGAACAUCAGGCAGGCAGCAUCCACCCUGCAGCAAGCAUCCCUGAAACUUUUUGAAAUGGCCUACAAAAAGAUGGCAUCAGAGCGGGAGAGUUCUGGAAGCUCUGGAGAUCAGAAGGAAGAAAAGCAAUAACCCAGUCAUGCUUAGACUGGAGGAGGAAGAGGGCAAAUGUUCCAAAGCUUGGGAGCCAGAGGACCUUCCUGAGCAGCUGUGGGCAGAUUUUCAUCUUACUGUGUUUUUGCAGUAUUCUAUUCUAUACAUAAUUUCCUAAAUGUAUAAAUUUAGUGAUGUGUCUAGUAGUGAAAUCUAAAGUAAUGCAAGACAACUCCCCUAGUUCCAGUGACAUUUUCAAAUGCACCCUGAAGAUUCAUGGAGCUCUUGCCUCCUAAGCAGGAGUAAACCCAGCAGUAAUUCCCAGAGGUUUGGUAACCAUGUCACAGAUUCUGGGUGGGGCUUAGAGCCCCAGUCCCUGAAUUGUAAGUUCCAUCAUUAAUAAUGGAUCCUCCUUUUGGGAACAGAUUUCUGCUCUGUAGUGUGAAGGGAUUAGGAUGGAGAACUGGGUUCAGCAGAGGUGGGGCUUUCUAUUCGGGUAGAGAAGAUACAGAUCUGCACCUUACCUUAAUAUCCUUGUACUGAAGGAAAUGGGUUGCUUUCAUGUAGCUGUGACUAUAAAUAAGGCUACUCUGAAGCUCCAUGCACUGCUUGUCUAGGCUUUCUGCUCUACCCAGUGUCUUUUCUCCAUACAGAAAAACAGCUUCCUUACUAUUAAUAAAAUGAUUCUUAUUGGA